CCGAGGAAUCGCUAGACGUUGUCUCUUUUUAUCUAGUAACCAGACACUUUAAUUCAGUUACAUAUUGGGAGAAAAUUAUUUCACUAUAUCUUCUAGAUUAGGUUGGAUUUUGUAUUUCUGCCAAAUAAUAUAUCUCCUAGCGCGAGCGCCUGCUUGAAUCUACUUUUUACUCAAAUGGAUAUACCAGAGAAAUACAAGUAUCUGUUCAAGUUUUUGAUUAUUGGAGCUUCAGGCUCUGGAAAAACAUGCAUUUUACGAAGAUAUACUGAAGGAAAAUUUAUACCCAAUAUGCCUCAUACAAUUGGAGCAGAAUUUGGCAGUAAGAUCAUAAAUAUAGAUGGGACAACUGUUAAAAUCCAGAUAUGGGAUACUGCAGGUCAGGAGCGUUUUCGAUCAGUGGCUCGUUCAUAUUACCAUGAUGCUGUUGGAGCACUGCUAGUCUAUGAUAUUACUAGUAGAGAUUCGUUUAAUGAACUAGCCUCUUGGUUGUCCGAUGCACGAACUCUUGCUUCGCCUGAUAUCAUGAUUGUACUAGUUGGAAAUAAAAAAGAUUUACAGGAUAGUGAUGGACAUGUAACUAAUUGGGAGGCUAGUGCAUUUGCUCAAGAUAAUGAUCUUCAUUUCUUGGAAACAUCAGCACUUACUGGUGAAAAUGUCGAAGAAGCUUUUAUUCAAUGUGUUCGUAAACUUGUUUUUAAAAUUAGAAAUGGUGAAUUAGAUCCAGAUCGUUUAAAAUGUAAUCGACACUCAUCUAGUUUAACAUUUAUGGAACAUUCAAAAUUUAAUUCUAUCCCAAAAGUUCAUGUACAAAAUAAUGAUUCAACACUUUCAUAUGAAUGUAAUUGUUGAUAAGAUUUUAAACUUUUUUAUUUUAUCUUAUGACAUUAAUACUACUUAAUAGACAUUCAUCAUUUGUUCUUUUAUACAUAUAUAUAUAUGUAUCAAGAAAUAGAAUCUUUGAUUUUUAACUAACUUCAUGUAUGUUUCUCGUUUAUUUUGUUCUCUAUUUCCAAUGUUUUGUGUAUUCCAUCCAAUAUCUAUCAGAUUAAUUUUACUUAUUAUAUUUCUAUUAUUCAACUUGCAUUUCAAUAAUUGAUUUCAUGUAUAUUUCAUAGAUCUUCUGUUGAAAGAAUUCAAUCUUUUUUAAAUGACAAGUUUUAAUUUAUUCUUUAUGUCAUUUUGUUGAAACAUUUGAUUGAAUGUUAUUUAUUUUCAUAUAAAAGUUCUUUAUGGCUUAAAAUCUAUAAUUUAUACAUUCAGUAUGCAUAAUUUAAUGAAUUUAAUUGUAUGAUGAUUCUUUUCGCUUCGGUUUCUCAGGUUUUCUUUUCUAUCUUUGAGAAGCUUAGUGUAGUUAUACUCUUUGUCUUAUCCCUUUGAAUAAAUUAACAAUCAGUGACUAUAUGCGCGUUGUUUUUGUUGGAUGAUAUUUAACAAACCUAAUCAAUAAUGAGAUGACUUGAUAGUUUUAGCUAUGUAAUGUAGGUACAAUUUCUCUUGUAUUUGGCAAGUUAUUCAGGAAAGGACUUAAUAAAAUACUUUUAAUU